AUGAAGCUCUCUCGCGCGUUAACUCUCGCUGCUGUUGCGACAGCUGCAACUUCGACAGUCGUUGACUCGGAGGACUCCGUUGCCCUCUGGGGCCAAUGCGGUGGUGUGAGUAGUACCUUCUUGUUACAUCUAGCAAGGGAAGCUCACAUCUCUUUUGACUGGAAGGCUGGUCACAGCGGUCCUACUCAGUGUGCUGACGGCAGUCACUGUGUAACUGUUAAUGCGGCUUAUCACCAAUGUGUUCCACUUCCCAGCAUUUUGAACUGGGUCUCUACUGGCCCCUUGGUCGGUCCUAAGAACGACUCCCGCCAAGUCGCAGGAAUUAAGGACCCCUCUGUGGUCUACCACGAGGGUACUUGGCACGUCUUUGCUACCAGCGCGAAGAGCGGAAACUGGAGCAUGCUAUACUUCAACUUCACCGACUGGUCUGAAGCCAACGACGCCGAAUUCUUCUACCUCGACCAGUCAGGGAUAGGGCCUGGCUACCGUGCGGCACCCCAGAUUCUCUACUUCGCUCCUCAGAAGCUCUGGUAUUUGGUCUACCAGGACAACAACGCCGGCUACUCCACCAACCCCGACAUCAGCAACCCCGCUGGAUGGUCCACCACGAAGCACUUCUACGACGAAGUCCCGCAGAUCGUCAGGGACAACAUCGGUGAUGGGUAUUGGUUGGACUUUUGGGUGAUCUGCGACGCUGCCAAAUGCCAUCUGUUCUCCUCCGACGACAAUGGUCAGCUCUACCGCUCCGAGACCGCCAUCGCCGACUUCCCUGACGGCUUUAACGAGCCUGUCAUUGCGAUGCAAGAGGCUAACAGGUUCGACCUGUUCGAGGGGUCUUGUGUUUACCGGAUCGACGGCUCGGAUAAAUAUCUCCUGCUCGUCGAGGCAAUUGGCAGUGAUAACCGCAGAUGGUACCGUUCCUGGACGUCGUCCGAUAUUGCAGGGCCGUGGGAGGCCCUCGCAGAUACCGAGUCCAACCCCUUCGCUCGAGCAAACAACGUCGAUUUUGAGGAUGGCAAGGCUUGGACGAAGGAUAUCAGCCAUGGAGAACUGAUUCGCAGUGGGUAUGAUCAGAGUAUUUCUAUCGACCCUUGCAAGCUCCAGUUUGCUUACCAAGGACUCGACCCCGAGGCGGAGGCCAACGUUCCCCUCUAUGGAAACCUUCCUUACCGGGUUGCACUCCUCACUCAGACGAACUCCUCCUGCUGA